AUGAGCGACGAAUUGACGUCGGAAAUCGUGCAGCUCAUCGCGGCUGCACGUACUGCUGUUGGAGAAUCAUCAGAGGCCGGUGACGUCAAACCACGUCCAAUCGAGAAGGUUCAGCCGAACAUUGUGCACAUUGAGACAAUCAUUGUGCACUCAUCAUGUGGCGAGAACUGUUCACGUGCAAUUCCGAUUGAGUUGUGGACGAUUCGACGUGAAUGGAAUUCACAACAGACGGGUCUCGCUCCGUUGUUUCUAAAGAACGCGAUCAGAUCUCAUCUUCAUUUUUCGCAGCUGAAUGCAUGGAUUUCUACGCUGAACGGUCGCAUGCCUGACGUCAUGAAUCAUGCGCAGUACCUGGAUCUGCGUGAUGACCGAACAUCAUUUCCUCGUGUGUCGUAUGGUAUCGGAAGCAAAAGUAUUCUAGUCGCCCUCCGGUCACAAUACUGUAAAUCAGAACGUAUGCCGGUGCCUGUAGGACUUUGCCUUACACUUGGUCUAAAGCAUAAACCGCGUCCGUCACAGUCACCACCCGGUCCAGAUGGCCCCUCGCCGAAAUUCUCUGCCAUUGCGGGUAUCGAUGAUGAGCGGCCUGCUCGCCGAGUACUGUCGGCCUGCACUUUGUCGCCGCAAGAGCAAAGUCGGUACGACUCCCAUGAAAUCGACAUCUUGGCAAAUCGUCUACAAACGAUCCAAGGUGAACGAGGACGUCAACGGACGAAAAGCGGCGGAUCAUUAUUCAAUAAAAUCACUGGACUGCCAUUACACUCAAGUCCUGCACCUUUAUCUCGUCAAAGAAAUAGCCUAUCUGCUUCCGAUAUCGUACUGCCAGAAACACGCCUUCAACGCCAUCAACCGGGCAGUCUUUUGGGAAAUUUUGAAGAGAGCGCCCUCAACGGUCGACUGGAUCCAGUGAAAAGACUCGACGGUUUCAAAUUGCAAUUA